AUGCCGGAGUUCGAUAUGAACAGUGUUGUUGAUAGAACCGAAAUGCAGUUGUGCAACACUACGCUGAAGCUGACCAGCUCUGUGUUCGGGUUUCCAGAUUAUGAGAGCCUCGUGACUUUGAAUGACGACGGUACCAUCCUCUUCUUUGGUGGCAUGGUGGCGAAAGAGCUAGGAGCCUGGUGCGUCAUCGAGGGAGACCCCAACGAGGGGGAAGAUCCCAACGACCUGUUCAUAGAGUUUACGCAGCCCCUGACAGACCUGUACAAAGAGGCUUUCACGGUCCCUGGUGGCACGGCUUUCUGGCGAGGGAGGCUCAACUUUAGGACCACGAAAGCUAAGAAGCAGAAGGUCUUUGUAGAGGGCGGCAUCGUCGUUUCGGAGCGUGAGGAGGGAACCUCGCUGGUGCGCGAAGGGAUCUUUUCUGCAGAGUCGGCCACGAAGAAGAUGGUGGAGGAUACGCGCAAGAAGGCCCAGGCUGCCUUCGAACGCGCGCUUUCCACCCCGAAGGCUGAGUCCACUGGCUUCAAGACACCGGCCAGGAUCGCUGGUGCGGGUGGCAGCCGCAAGGGCAAAGCUCUGCCAAGUGGCCGGCCACGGGGGACGCUCUCCGCCAGCCAGGAGGACCUGGACAUGCUCGAAGAUGGCAAGGGGAAAUCCUAG